AUGAGUAGUAAAAGUGAUGCAUCAGGUGAGGGUGUUGAUUCGGCAUCAGAUGUCGGGAUGAAACGAACUGCUUCUUCUGAUGAUGAAAUGAAGAAUCCAUCAGCAAAAGGUAAAUCGAAUUCGGAUAGUGAAGAUAAUAAGCAAAAAAAAGCAAGGCGUUCCACCCGUGCUACUCAUCAAAACAAAAAAGUGAUAGAGAGUGGCACAUCAGAAGAUGAUUCGGAUUCGGAUGUAGAAGCUGCAACAAGUAGUAGAAAACGUAAAACUGAUAAAAAACUUAGAGGCCGCAGUAAAAAAACGCGGGCUCAAACUGAUAGCGGUGAAGAUAGCAGUGAUGAGAGUGACAAGAAGUCAUUAGUUGAUGAGUACGAUGAUGAUAUGUUCUUGGAUGAAGAAGAUCGGCGUCGGUUAGAAGAAAUGACGGAAAAGGAUCGGGAAGCUGAAAUUUUCAAACGUGUUGAGCAACGGGAAAUUUUACGCGCAAGGCAUGCAAUUCAGAAGAAAAUCAAAGCUCAAAAAGAAGACAAUGCAGGGCUGUUAAAAAAAGAGAAAAAAGAGAGGAAGAAGAAGGAAAAAGAAAAAAAGCGAGAGAAAGAAGCUAGAAAAAAGAUCGUUGAAAGUGAUGUCGGUGAAAGAAAUGGUGCAAAUGGAAGUGUAGCACUUCUGGAUGCUGGUUCUGCGAGUGAUGAUAAAGAUAACAGCGAUGAAUACGAUGAAUUUCAGCGCCCAUCAGAAAUCCAGAAAAAGCAGAGACAGAAGAAUGCAAUGGCCGAUCUUGUUAAUCGACGAAAAGAAAAACAAGAAGCUGCGCAGAAGAAAAAGACCCAGUCACAUAAAUCUGAACUGGAUAUUGAUGAAGUGUUUGGGAAUGAUGGUAGCGAUGAUGAUUACGAAAAAAGUUCCAGCUCGUCAAGUCGAUCGAGCAGUAGAUCUACAAGUAGGAGUACAAGUAAAAGUAGAACUCGCAGUCCGUCGCCAGAGAAAAAAAGAGAAGUGAACUGUCUUGCUGACUUGGCAAGGAUACGUUUGUCUCGUUUCAAAAUUUCUAAAAUCGUUCAUGCACCUUUCUUUAACAAAACGGUGAUUGGGUGCUUUGUUCGCAUCGGUAUCGGAAGAAAUAAAGACGGCCGCAGUGUUUAUCGUGCAGCUCAAAUUCUGGAUGUUGUCGAAACAGCUAAAGUUUAUCAGCUGGAGAAUACACGAACAAAUAAGGGACUUAAGCUGAAACAUGGUGAAGAAGAGCGUGUAUAUCGUCUAGAAUUUGUUUCAAAUUCCGAGUUCACUAGCCACGAAUUCAAUAAAUGGUACGAGGCUAUGAAGUCUAAUAAUCUCGCAAUUCUCACACUAGAUCAAGUAGAAAAGAAGGAGGCUGAUAUUCAGAAAGCCGUCAAUUAUAAUUAUACGGACAAAGAUAUUGAAUUGAUGGUGCAAGAGAAAAUGAGGUUUCAAAAAGCUCCUCUCAAUUAUGCUUUAGAGAAAGGAAAUCUUAUCAAACUUAAGUCGGGCAUUAAACAGAUAAUACUAGAGUCAUUUAAAACAUGA